CACCGAAGGCACCCGUGGCCCCCAGCCUCGCCCUGGCAGGCGCUGCGCCAGCGUGGACAAGGAAAGAUCGGCCUCAGGCUCGAGAGCAGUUUGUCUUUGAAAAGCCAGCAGAGGUGGGGCGCAGAGUUCCUGAGGUGGGUGUGAUCGACAAGCCGGGCGUGUACGAGCUCAGCAAAGCGCCGACCGGCGUUUCUCGCAUUCAUUUGAUUCCUGGCUUUAUUGACUUGGAACAAGCAGACUGGAUGUUUGAACAGCUCCUCCAGGACAUACCCUGGGGUCAGCGAACUCACGUCAGACAGGAAGUAUCUUUUGAAGAACCAAGGCUUACCUCCUGGUACGGGGAACUCCCUUACACGUACUCCAGGAUAACAAUGCAGCCAAACCCAAAUUGGCAUCCCCUGCUGAGCGUGCUGAAGGAGCGCGUCGAAGAGUUCGCUGGCUACACCUUCAACUCGCUUCUCUGCAACCUCUACCGGAACGAGAAGGACAGCGUAGACUGGCACAGCGACGACGAGCCCUCGCUGGGGAAAAAUCCUGUCAUCGCCUCGCUCAGCUUCGGUGCCACCCGGACCUUUGAGAUGAGGAAGAAACCCUCCCCUGAAGAGAACGGAGACUACACUUACGUGCAAAGACUGAGGAUCCCGCUGGAUCACGGGACUCUGCUGGUGAUGGAAGGAGCGACCCAAGAGGAUUGGCAGCAUCGAGUGCCUAAGGAAUAUCAUUCUAGAGAUGCACGGAUAAACUUGACCUUCAGGAUCAUUUAUCCAGAACCUGACGGAGUUUGGAAGUGA